AUAAGGAUCAGAAGGUGAAAGAUGAGAUAAACUGACUGGUUGCGAUUUUGCCCAGUUAUGCAGACUACUUGUAGGAAGUGAGAGCCUAUCAGGAAAAACUACCUUUCCCAUAGUGCACCGGGGCAUAGCGGCUGCUUGACGUUUUACGCUGGCGCUUUGGCCAUCGUGGAGAAUUGGGCAGCAUCUCCUGACGGGGAGCAGCCUAACGCAGCGCAAAAUGCACUGAAACCCCAGCUCUGUUUCCUCUCCGCUGGCAAUGAAAGAGAAGGUCUGGGACAAUGUAGCUGUCGCCGUGAGCCGUGCCGGAAUACGGGCCAUUAUUCUGAGAGAAAUGCGGCAUCUCUUCAGCUGGAGCUGUUAACCCAGAGCAGAAAUAUAUAUUUCUAAAUAUAUAUAUAGAAAAUGAAGAAACAAUUCAACCGAAUGCGACAGCUCGCCAACCAGACUGUUGGCAGGGCAGAAAAAACGGAAGUAUUAAGUGAUGAUCUACUACAAGUGGAGAAGCGUCUGGACUUGGUGAAGCAGGUCUCCCACAGCACACAUAAGAAGCUCACAGCCUGCCUGCAGGGACAGCAAGGGGCCGAUGUGGACAAGAGAUCAGUCAAAUCACCUUCGAAAAAGUUGCCCCUGACCACAUUGGCUCAGUGUAUGGUAGAGGGAGCUGCAGUAUUAGGGGAUGAUUCUCUGCUAGGUAAGAUGCUGAAGCUAUGUGGGGAGACGGAAGAGAAGCUGGCCCAGGAGCUCAUUGUCUUUGAGCUCCAGAUGGAGAGAGAUGUGGUGGAACCUCUCUAUGUCCUGGCUGAGGUGGACAUUCCCAACAUACAGAAACAGAGGAAACAUCUAGCCAAGCUUGUUUUGGACAUGGAUUCGGCACGGACAAGGUGGCAGCAGUCAUGCAAGUCCUCUAGUCACCCCAGCAAUCUUCCCCCAGCCGGGGCCAAAGCAGAUGCGCUCCGAGAGGAGAUGGAGGAGACGGCCAAUCGCAUGGAGAUCUGCAGGGACCAGUUGUCAGCGGACAUGUACAACUUUGUGGCCAAAGAAAUAGACUAUGCAAACACCUUUCAGACGCUUAUAGAGAUUCAAGCAGAGUAUCACAAGAAGUCUCUAGAGAUUCUGCAGAGUGUGCUGCCACAGAUCAAAGCUCACCAGGAGGCUUGGAUAGAGAAGCCUUCCUAUGGCAAGCCAUUAGAGGAGCAUCUGACCCUCAGUGGCAGAGAGAUAGCCUUUCCCAUUGAGGCAUGUGUCACCAUGCUGCUGGAGUGUGGCAUGCAGGAGGAGGGUUUGUUCCGUGUGGCCCCUUCAGCAUCCAAGCUGAAGAAGCUGAAGGCAUCUCUGGAUUGCGGGGUCCUGGAUGUGCAGGAAUACUCUGCAGAUCCACAUGCUAUAGCAGGAGCUCUGAAGUCAUAUCUCCGUGAACUCCCCGAACCUCUAAUGACCUCUCAGCUCUAUGAUGAGUGGAUUCAGGCUUCAAAUAUUCAAGAUAUGGACAAGAGGCUCCAAGCCCUCCUGGCUGCAUGUGAGAAACUUCCAACAGUCAAUUUAAGCAACUUCAGAUACUUGAUUAAAUUCCUAGCCAAGCUCACUGAAUACCAGGAUGCCAACAAAAUGACGCCUGGUAACAUUGCAAUAGUGUUGGGACCCAAUCUGCUGUGGACGCAUUCUGAAGCGAACAUGACAGAAAUGAUGACCACAGUGUCUCUGCAAAUCGUUGGCAUCAUUGAGCCUAUCAUCCAGCAUGCCGACUGGUUCUUCCCAGGAGAUAUUGAGUUCAACCUGACAGGCAGCUACGGUAGCCCCAUCCACACCAACCACAACUCCAACUACAGCUCCAUGCCCUCGCCAGACAUGGACCAAUCAGAUCGCAAGCAAUCGCACGACCAAGGCCGACGCCCCCUCAGUGUUGCCACUGACAACAUGAUGCUGGAGUUCUACAAAAAGGAUGGCAUUAGGAAAAUACAAAGUAUGGGAGUCAGAGUUAUGGACACAUCCUGGGUGAAGGGUAAAGGUGCAUCCACGCUUGCUCGAAAAGCCUCAUCCACCCCUCCCAGUGCCCAGCCGCCUGGAUCACCCGCUGACACACUCAUAACUGAGCAGCCUGGAGAGCUGAACACAUCCCCCAUUCCCACCCCUCCUCCAGUAGACAGGGCUAGCUCCAACGAGGUGUCACCCCACCGGCCGGACCCCUCUCAUGCCCAUGCGCCCCACGGGGAGGAGCGGCCGCCCCCUCCUUACCCUUCCUCCUCCACCACCUCCCACGCCCCUCAUCACUUCUAUCCCAAACCCCCUCCCUGUGCACGGCCAGUGGCCCCAGGGCCCGAGUCACAGCCCCCUGACUCCCCACCCUCCCAAUUACGCUGGUCCGGCUAUGGCCCUCCUCAACCCCAGGCACCCCCUUCCUCUUCUUCUUCUUCCUCUUCCUCUUCUUCUCUCGACAUUAACUCCAACCCCAAGCCCAGCUGCCUGCACUUCCCCAAACACGGCCCAGCAUGUGAGCUGCCAGACGUGAACACCUCCCCACUCUACGUUAAAACACCCCUCAUUUUGACCCGCAACGAAGUGGCCCUCGGAAACCCCCCUAGCCUUCCCACAUCCGGCCCCCCUCCGUGGGCUGCCUGUCCAUGUGCCCGCGAACGAGGACCCCCCAGGCUGCCUAGCACUCUGAAGAGCAAGGAGCUCUCGCCUGUGAUUGGCCAUAAGGCCGUGCAGGCGGCAGGACAGCCAGUGCCCCCUGUCGGCCAGCAAAGCAACAGCCAAUCACCACAUUCAGCCGAGCACAGCCCUCACACCCUGCGUAAAGCAGCCUCGAAGAAGCUGGCCCCUGUGCCACCCAAGGUUCCUUAUGGCCAGUCAGGGGCGAUGUCCGACCAGUCCACAGGUCAGCCGUCCCCGGUCAGCCUGUCCCCCACUCCCCCAAGCACCCCGUCCCCGUAUGGCCUGGGCUGUGCCCCGGGGCAUGUGCCCCCCACCUCUCCUGGGCAGGGCCCACUAGGCACGUCCCACUCUCUCCUGUCCUCUCCCCCAUCUCUGACUGGCACGCUCAACAAGUCGCGGCCCGCCCCCAAACCGCGACAGAGACCAAGUCUGCCCCCACCACAGCCACCCACUAUCCCCCCCAGUGUCCCCCAGCCAAUGGAACAGGGCCUGCUGGACGGAUUGUCCCCCGGGGAGAGCAUGUCCACAGCAGAUCUCUUCAGUUUGGAAAUCCCCUCCAUCAAUGUCAAUCUGGACAGCCUGCUCGACGAGUUCAGGGUGGGGGCGCCGUGCCGGAGCUCCCUGGCCGUGGCUGACUCUCCGGAGGGGGAACGCGUGAUUGAGGAGGAGUCACAGAGCACCACGCUGUAACCCCAGAGCCCAGCCAGUGGCUGACUAGCCCUGCCGAGCUCCCCCACCUUCAGCUGAGGUCCUUUGAGCAACCAGGCCUCCAUCAACCUCACCUACCCCACCCUCACCACUGGAGCUGGACCCCCAACCCAACACAAACACAUAUGCCUGCUCUAACCUUUACAUUUAUCAGUAACUAAUCAGAAUAUCACCUCCUCUUCUCACUGAUAAGUAGACAUGGUAUGUGAUUACAUCUUCACAAGCUGUGCCAUAGCAAAGACAAGCAAUGGAAGACUAUAAGAAUGUUGCAGAAUUUAUUGUGUUGUGAAGAAUGUGCCACGUUACAUGUUUAGGUUUUUCUCUGUUCGACUCUGUUGUUUCUGCCUUAUUGGAGCCUGCAGAUAAUUUGCAAUACAAUGGACACAGAGGGGAUUUUGUUGACUCCAAAGGAACAUAAUAUUUCUAUGUGCUGGAAGCAUGAGAUCAAAACGUCAAAGGGUAGUAUUUGCUCAUAUUCUUUAGUGUCUGAGUUGGUAGGCAGGUUUCAUUUCUUGUAAAUGAAUUGAAGACACAAAGCAUGCAACUUUAUUUAAGUCCAGUUUUACAAUGUUGAGGCCUUGGCUUUCUUGCUCUCGUCCUCUCACGCUCUCUCUCUCUCUCUCACUCUCUCAUUUUCUCUCUAUAUAUGUAUCAGUCUCUCUGACAAACACAUGCCUAUAUACACACCACUGCUUUGGCAUAGACAGUAUCAUGACAAUAUUUCUAAUUAAGUGUCUAAACGUGCACAGAUCAAAUCAAGCACAUUAUGAAAAUAUUCAGAGUUGUUUGUAAUACACUAAUAAUCUGUGAAACAAGAAAUCAUAGUAAAUGUUUUGCCUCACUGUCCUAAUACUUGAUAGGACAUGUCAGUGGUACGUAUGUACUCUUCACACUUCCGAUGCCAGCUGUAAAACAGAUUGGUUCUGCUGUAAAGAGAGGUGAAACCAUUAAGACGUAUUUUGUGCCUCCCAUUCUGACUUCGUUAUCAGGACAAGUGUAAUGACAGGUUCCUCUUCUGUGUAAAUACAAAGAUUGUACAUACUGAUCUGUAGAUAUGUGUUAAUGAGAGGACAAAUGUAAAGGCAAAUAUGAAUUAUAUAUUCAUAUGUGUUACAUGCCAUAUUUAUCUUGUAUAGAGAUAAUGUUCUAUGGAAAUGGAGUAUUAUUUUGUCCCUGAAUACUUGGCGCCAGAUUCACACAGAGUAAGUGAGCUCUUGCACUUUUGUAAGCCAUGAACACUAACUAUAAAAACAUAAAUGCAGAUAUGUCAAAGGCCUAAGUGGAGUCUAGCCCUAAAAUCUGAACUGCAAAAUUUACAUAACCUUUGUUCUCCAAAUUGGUGUUCAUUUGGAUUCUUGCAUUUACUGACCUUGCAUUUGGAUACAGUGCAGUUCCAUAAAGACACAAAUAAUGGUGAACAGCAUUACACAAAAGAAUAGCUUUACUGAACUAUAACAAGACAAGAACUGAUUGUAUACUUUAUAAUAAAUGGCAGGGAGACCUGCAGCCCUCCCUGGUACUUGGGUCAUCCUAAGGCACAUCAGAACAGAAAACAAUAAGAAAUACAUUCGUCAUUUGUAGCCAUAUAUUUGGUCAUUUUGUCGGUCACCAAAGCUGUUCCCUUGCCUUUAUUCUCCUCUAUCUGGUCGGCUACUGCCACCUUACGGGGCCUUUGUUUUCUUAUAUGGACUUCCCUUUUAAAGGUAUCUUUUACACAUCAGGGCUCAUUUUCAGACUGACAUUAUCAAAACAAGCAGGCUCUGUUUUACCAUGAUUCACCAUAGUCUUGCUGCCUUCUCCCUGAAACACUCCAGUCUGAAGCUUUAGCCAAAAGAAGGCUGGACAGUAGGUUAGAAGUGCCAUCUGUUUGGUCAGUAGACUCACAAACCAACAGAUGCUGUAGUAUGUCAUGUCUGAAUUGCUUGAAAGCAGGUGGAACACAAAUAGGGCCAGAGAAAGUGCAAUUACAGUACAUUCUAUUGUUAACCUCACAGAGAAGUGGCCAUAAGAGCCAUGCAUUUUAAACUUACCAAGAGCCUGACUCUGAAGCAAUCCCAAAUGUCAUGGCUUUCAUUAUUGUUUUCUUUGAAUAAGCAUUAAUGUACUUCAGGGACAAGAGGACUUCUUUGCUGAAAUAUAUGGUAUGACUCAGUGUGCAUUCUCAAUUACUUCUAAUAUGAUGGUUAUUGGUGACUGAGUACUCUUUUAAUAGCUGUAGUGAUUAUACAAUGAUAAUUGCAAGUGCCCUCACAAUAGAUAUUUAUGUCCUGAAGCCAGUGGCGAGUUUUGUGUAUAUUUGAGGGUUUUUACAUUUUUUUGUGAUGGUUUCUUCAGUGUUUUAUGAAGAGGCAGGUGUGCAUUCAAAAAUUGAGUGUUGAUUGAAUGUAAUUGUACUUUUACAAUGACCUGCAACAAGGUAAAGGCUUUGUCAAUACCUUAUAGCAGCUGCAAUAGACGCAUGGUUUGUUAUUUUAUUUAGGUGACUCUUUGCGUUUAAUCUGAUGCUUUUGCCAGUCAUUUUGAAAGCUUGUGUAAAUGUUGGGGGAUUGAGGGAGGGGAUUUUGAUGUGAAUGCACUCGUCUGUAUGUUGUAAUCAUACAGUCCAUAGCAAUCCAUUCCUGAGGCCAUAUCAUUUUUCUCUGACCUUUUUUUUCAUGCAGCUGCUAUAAUUGUUGGGAUCAAAUCCACCAAGGACCACAGGGAAUACAGACAUUUUUACACAAUUGAACCACAAAUUAUUUCAUUUAUCUGCAUUCCUUCUUUAUUAAGGAAAAUAGCUUAUUUGUGAAUUCAGGUGCUGCUGUGCAAGGUUAGGUUCACCACAUUCAUGUGUCACAGGUCCUUAGUUCAGUUAUAUUGUACUUCAAUGAAUUAAAUAAAAAAAAAAUGACACAAGAGACAAGAGCCAGACAUGCAUAACAUAUAUAACCAUCAUAUGUUUGUACCCCCGAAAGCUUUCGGUUGACAUUGCAGAAAAUGGAUGUAACAAUGCAAUGCAUGCACUUAGUCUCUUCAGAUAAUUCAUGAUUCCUGUUUCUUUGAUUUCUUUUAAGACUCUUAAAUGUUAUCAGUAAACUGGGGAGAGGGUGAAAAAUAGCAAGUGUGUGAACAGCUGGUUAAAGAAGUGUCAUGGAUUUAUGUAUAAGUGCACAGUGUCCAUUGAUGUACAGCCUCUCCCCUGCAUUCACAACUUCUGUACAAACUUUGCCUGUAUGUCACUCCCCUCCCUCCCCCUCCUAUCCCCUCAGCUUAGCAUAUCAGUGGAACAACACAGUCUGUACUGUGAAGCCUACCGCAAUCCUGAUCAGAAUGUCAGAUAUAGAUAUCUAUAUUAAACUCUACAUUUUUAAUA